GCGACAGAGAAAGACACAGACAUGGCAGAAGAAGCUCCAGCAGCUCCAGCAGUUCCCGCGGCGAAAGCCCCUGCCAAAGCCCCCAAGAAGAAGGCAGCUCCCCGGGCAAAGAGUGACGGACCCUCCCUCCCGAAGCUCAUCCUCGACGCCGUGACUGAAUCCAAGGACCGUAAAGGCACCUCGCUUCCGGCUAUCAAAAAGACGUUGGCCACCAAAGGCAUCGACCUGGAAAAGGCCAACAAACGCAUCAACACCGCGGUGAAGAAGCUGGUGACCGACGGAAAGCUGGUCCAGAAUAAAGGGAUUGGGGCUUCCGGAUCCUUCAAGCUCCCCAAGGCUCAGCCUAAAGCCGCCAAAGCGGCCAAGAAAACUCCCGUUAAAGUGAAGAAACCCGCUGCCAAGUCCCCGCAGAAGAAAACCGCAGCUAAGAAAGCGGCAGUGAAGAAGACUGCAGCCAAGAAAGCCGCCGUUAAGAAACCAGCGGCCAAGAAACCAGCAGCCAAGAAGUCUCCUGUGAAGAAAGCUGCCAAAAAGCCAGCAGUGAAAUCUACUCCCAAGAAGGCUGCCCCUAAAAAGGUCGCUAAGAAGAAGACCCCUGUGAAGAAAGCUCCGGCAAAGAAAGCCGCAGCGAAGAAGUCCAAGAAGUAAAGUGGCUCUUUAAUCCGCACUCAGUGCUCCAAAAGGCUCUUUUAAGAGCCACCACACAUUCACCAAAGAGCUGUUUUCCUACAACGUUAUCAUGUCUCUUUCCAUUGUUUGUUUUUCUAUUAUGUAUUCUAUCAAAACACGUUGAUCUACAUAAAAUAUGCUGGUGUAAAGUCAUUUGUUUGCAGUAAAAUUAACGUGCUGCAUUUUCAAAGAACAAAACCAAUCUGAAUAUAAUUUCCAGCACUAGUCCUUCAGUGCUCUGUCCUCUGAACACCACAGGAUGGCGCUAACACACAAGAAGUGAGUAACACUACCUCUUCUGAUCUUAGCCACAGAUUUAAAAAGAUGUUUUCCUAAA